GGUUUUCUUCAUUCAUUAAUACAUACUAACCAUCCAUCCAUCACUUUAUCAUCAAGUCUUUAAACAAACUCUUUAAUCUUCUUUACUUUCUUAAUCUUUCAAUCUUUACUUUUCUUAUUAUCUUUUGUAAAAUCAAACCAAAUCAAAUGGCUAACCAUCCAUCAACUACAAUCACUCCGAUUCAUUCUAAUCUAUCAAUCGAUUCAUUUCAUCAAAUCAAAUCAUCAUCAUCAACACCAUCUCCAUCACCUUUACCUUCGUGUUCAACAACAACAACAACAACGUUUAUCAAAUUAACUAAUUCAUCAAACUCUAAAUUACCUUUGGUUUAUAAGGCUCAGGAUGAUAUCAAUCGAUUCCAAACCGAUCAAGAUUUUAUUAAUCAUAUUCUUCAUGCUGAUGAUCAGAAUCGUUUAGAACCUUUUCUUGAUUUGGAUGACCAUUCGAUUCGGUCUAGAUCGAGUUGUGCUUUAUUGAUUCGUGAGAAAUUGAUGUCGAUUUGGAGGUUGGUGGAUCCUCGUAAGCCUAAUAGACAUCGUAGGUUUCUAGAAAGAACCAAAUCAAAACUUAAAACAUCUACAUUUCAACAAGUUCAUCAACUCUUACUAUUCAAUUCGAUGAUUGAAACCUUAAACAAUUAUAACGAGACCUUGAAACGAUUCCAAAACAAUUCAUCAAAACUACAUAGAUGUUUGAUUAAGUGGGAUAAACUCAAGAGUAAAGAUCAGUCCUUUACGAGUACUUCACUUGAGAUCUCCUUGAACCUUCAACGCUUUAUGGAACAUAUUCAUACUUAUUAUCCUACUUCUUAUCUUACUCUUCAUCCUGAUCCUGAUCAAGAAGAAGAAACCGAAGAAGAAGUUGAAACCGAAGAAGUUGAAACGGAAGAAGAAACCCAAGAAGAAGAAGAAGAAGUAAUAGCAGACCCAGAAGACCCACCCACCGCACCACAUUCCUCAACCACAACCAAGAAGAUCAGUCUAAGAGCUCAUCUAUUAAUCCGAUUUAAACUACAUCAACUCAGAACGAAUGCAAGAAAGUUUAAUAAACAGUUUAGAUUACAUGAGAAUGAGAAGAUGGAAUUGAAAUUGAUGGGAAACGAAUGUAUUUUUAAGAUGGUUAAGGAUGGAAAGGUCUUGUUGGAAAUUAAUGAUUUGUUGGUUAAGUUUAUACUUGAUUUGGUAAUCUUGAGAAAAAAGUCUGGGUAGAUUGAGAAAGGUCUUGGGAAAGGUUGGUUGAGAGGUUCAGCUGGUUGGAGUGCGUACUGGGAACUGGAGGGUUUGGGAUCGUUUUUUUAUGAUUUAUGAUUUCUUCUGUUCAGGUUUUGGUAUCAUAGGUUUCGUUCUUUGGUUCUUUGGUCUUUUGGUUUUGUGUGAAGAAAGAGGUUUGAUGUGCAAUUUAUUUUGAAUUUAUGGUUUGGUUUGGUUUGAUUUGAUUUGAUGGAUUAUUAAUUAUACUCACUCUUUGUUAUAGUUUUGAGACUGUUUUUUUCUUUUCUUUCCUUUCCUCUCAUAAUAAGAAGAUACCUGAUUUUUUUUUGUGUGUGUGUGUGUGUGUGUGUGUUUUUUAGAAAAAUCUUGAGAUAUGUUAUAUAACAUCCAAUGUAUUUAAGAAUUUUUUUUUGAGUCUUUUUUUUUGAGGAUAUAUGUUUUUGAUGAAGAAGGAAAAAAUAUCAGGAAUUUUAUUUUUUUAUAUACUGUGGUUUGGUUUUUUGAUUUUACCCUUUUUGAUUUUUUGAUUUGAUUUCAUUUGAUUUCAUUUGAUUUUAGUUUGAUUUUGAUUUUGAUUGUUUUUUUCUUUCUUUUGGAAAAAAUACAUGGUGCUUUGUGUAUUAUAUAUAAUGACAUUUUUUUGCUGGUUUUAUAUAUCAAGAUGGUUUGUUGAUCUGGUUUAGGAAAGAUAAAGUGAGAUCCUGAGGUUUUAUUUAAGGUUUUAUUAGAAACCUUUG